UAUUUUUUCAAAUUAGCCUAAAACACUUCCGGACCUUUAUUUUGAAGCUCAGCAACUGAUCUCCACCGGAAGCUGUAGUCCUGACUGCGGCUAACUUCCCCCUGUGACCAAGAUGGCGUCUCUCAGAAAGCAGUGUUAGCAGAGGGUCUUUGUUGUGUUAGAAAGAGGUAAAAUGUGUAAAGUCCAGAUGCUGAGAGCGUUGGUGGAGCAGCGACUAACUGCGGCUGCUGAAGAGAUAUUUGGGCUGUUUGAAAGAACGAUAGCAGAGUACGAGGAGGAACUUUGUCGUUCAAAAGAGGAGAACGAGCGACAACGGGAACUACUGGACGCUGUUUUCAACCCUCAGCUCCGGGUCCACAGAGCAGAUGUUGAGCAGCUGUUGGUGGUUAAAGAAGAGGUUCCCCCUGAGCAGCAGGAGUGUAGCUCCAGUGUGGACCAGAAGGAGCCAGAGCCCCCCCCACACAUUAAAGAGGAGCAGGAGGAACUGUGGAGCAGUCAGGAGGGAGAGCAGCUUCAAUGGCUGGAGGAGGCUGAUAUCACCAAGUUCCCAUUCACUCCUGUCCCUGUGAAGAGUGAAGAUGAAGAAGAGGAAGCUCAGUCCUCACAGCUUCAUCAGAGACACACUCAACACAUGGAAACAGAAGCUGAUGGAGAGGACUAUGCAGGAGCAGAACUAGCCAGAAACUCAUAUCCACAUCCACUUUUAGAAACAGAGACUGAAGACCAGACUGGAGAUUCUUCUGUACCUCAGACUGAUGACAGUGCUGAUUGGAAGGAGAGCAGAGAACCUCAGUCAGCUUUAAACUCUCUGAAACAUGAUUCAAGAUAUGUUAAGCAGCUGUUGGUGGUUAAAGAACAGGUUCCCCCUGAGCAGCAGGAGUGUAGCUCCAGUGUGGACCAGCAGGAGCCAGAGGCCCCCCCACACAUUAAAGAGGAGCAGGAGGAUCUGUGGAGCAGUCAGGAAGGAGACCAGCUUCCAGGGCUGAAGGAGACUGAUAUCACCAAGUUCCCAUUCACUCCUGUCCCUGUGAAGAGUGAAGAUGAUGAAGAGGAAGCUCAGUCCUCACAGCUUCAUCAGAGACACACUCAACACAUGGAAACAGAAGCUGAUGGAGAGGACUGUAGAGGACCAGAACCAGCCAGGAACUCCCAUCCACUUUUACAACCAGAGACUGAAGACCAGACUGGAGACUCUACUGACCCUGAGACUGAUGACAGUGCUGAUUGGAAGGAGACCAGAGAACCUCAGUCAGCUUUAAACUCUCUGAAACAUGAUUCAAGAUGUAAGAAACCCUUCCGCUGCUCUGAGUGUGGGAAGAGAUAUAGCUUCAAGUCACAAUUGAAGAUACACAUGAGAAAUCAUACUGGAGAGAAACCUUUCAGCUGCUCAGUCUGUAAUAAAUCUUUUAAACAUAGAGAAACAUGCAACGUGGUCAUCCCUGGUGAUCGAUUCUGCGAAGACCUGGUUCAUGUUGAACGAGCCUACACAGUGUUUCCUGCUUUAUGA